UGGUAAUGAAUUCGCCGUCAGCUGGAGCGAAGUCACCCAAGCCCAAGAAGGACAAGCGGAAAGGGGCGAAGCGUAAGGACCGGGACAGAGCAGCGCAAGACGGCAUGGAGCCACACUUGGGGGCAGCCGAUUGUGCGCCCUCGCCCGCAGGCGGAAUUGAGAUGAUCGGCGGCCCACCCACACCGGCACCAGAAGCUCCCGACCCAGCUUGCUACCUGCUUCGACAACGGGAACCACAGUCGGGCUCUUCAAAGGUGCCGGAAAGGUGGGUCACGUCGACUUGCGUUUGCCCAGAGAUGCGAGCCGUGUGUGGAAUAAGCCAAGACAAGCCGCCCUGUUCCACUCCCGCCGAAGAGUUUCCUUCCCUGUGUGCAAGCCCCUCCAUGGAAACAGUCACACAGCAGCAAUGCGAGCAAUUAGGCCCGGAUCAACUCGGCGGCAAAGAACACACGCAACUCAAAGAGGAGAGCCUUGAUCCGUCUAGCAACAUUCCUGGAAUGUCAGACGCGACUAGCGGUGAGAAGAAAACCGUCCACCCACGCGAAGAUGUCAAACCACCGAAGCAUCACCAGAAGGUCAAACGUUCUAAACACUCCAAGAAAGCUGGUCGCGGCACCGAAAAUAGGUCGAGCCCAACCAAAGAAACCAAAUAUGAAGCUAUAGCUGCAGCGAACUCACGUGACCAAAACCCACCUGAAGAGAAAAACCCUCCAGCCGGCACUCUUGAGGAAGGUCGUGGCAGCAAUAUGCAGCGUCGGCCCAAGGUGACAUCCUCGCGGGAGCAGACAAAGCGAGCGGAAGCCGUCGUCAAGGGUGGCGCCACAGUCAGCGCUGCGGUGGACGGACCGGACCAACAACAAGGCGCUGGGACAAAUCCGCACGAUAAACUUCCGGCCGCCGACCACGAAGCGACGAAGUCCAGUGUGACUGAGGAGCCAAUAUAUUACGACAGUUUCAGGACCAUCACUAAUAAACAAGGUGACCCGUUGACCGAGGAUAUAAUCGGGGGCUUCGUCUCUAAGGCCGACUCCACCCUGCUAGCAUUCCCCACGUACCUGAUAGAGGCGGACAAAUCACCGAGGUCAUCAAGUGCGCGAGUAUCCCGAAAUUGCACUAUGAUUUAGACGUCGAGACGCCAGAGACUCGACUUCACCUGAACGCAGCGCUUCGUCUUCGAAGGCGUAAUAUGCGAGACAAGUAUGCACGGACCGGAAUUUAGGGAGACCGCUGUCAGUCGAUCUCGGGCAACAGGGUAACUCAUUCGAAUGGAAAGGAGGACAUUGCCUGUAGGACCGCGAGGCAAUUUCACAUCGUCGUUUGGAACUACAGAACUUUCUGUGUCGUGAACUUUCUGCUUUAUGAACACAACUUGGAUUUGGGUCUCUCAGCGUGGCCUUUCGUCGCAGCUUCCUUUGAAAAGUCAAUUUCGAACCUUAAUUGCGACCAGCAUUUUUUUUUAUGCAAGUGAAUCAAUCAUCACGGUUGUCUGUUGUGCCGUCUGUGUAGCUCUGUAGUUAGCUUGUAGGUUUAUGUCGCUUUGUAGUGCGGUGUAGUUUAUACAGCCGCAGAUAUUUGAUUUUUCUUCUGUUUAAGGAAUGCGUAGGUCACACAGCUAUUAAGCCACAUAAUGACAGUGACGAAGAAAAAAAACAUGUAUGGACGUAUACAGCCAUAUUGUAGAUUCUCUAGACUUAACGCUCAAGUCACGUCGAAAAUUACGCGUGGUGAUUGUUAUUCGUUGGACUUUAGAUGAAGUAACGAGAAACUCGUGAAUGGAGGGGGACAAUAACAAAACGAAGUUCGUUGCCACUGUAUUACUCUUUUCUUUUCCUAUUAUUUGCAGCACGUUCUCACUUCGUUGCGCACUCUAUUUUGAUUUAACAUACGGCUACGUGAUAGGCGUGCUUAUGUGUUUGUACGGUGCAUCGACACAUGUUCAUCUCACUAUUUGCUGCAGAGGUUUUUCACCUUUCGUUGCGAACGAAUGCCGUGGAGCUGCCACACGUUUUCCAAGUGACCUCCACUCUCUCAAGCAAUUCAAAUACGCAAGGAAUGCCGCUGAGCGAGCUACUCAUGUGGCAUGACGUCACAGACUGUCGCUUUCUUUUUUUCCUGUGCUGCAAACGUGGCGUAGAAGGAAGGUCACUUAUGGUGCAAUCAAACUGCAAAUCAUUAAAGAUGCGUCAUUGUUAACGUUGUGUGCAAAUCUGCGCGAGCAAAGAAAAUGAUCGCGCGCCGUGCGCGCAUUUGUGUGAGGUCAUUUCGUGAUGAAUUCGAGGCUUUCACUUUUCCCGAAGUGAUUGUAUUAACGUUAAGUGAAGCUUGAAGCGCAGCUAAUGUAGGACCUGUGUAAUUGAAUCAUGCCCCUACUCAUCUAGGGCCAAAUGCUCAAAGCUUUCCGUUCGCAAGCGCUCUUUGUAUUCGGUAUGUGUCCAGCUUCAUCAUUGACUAGAAUGAGCUCUUACGAACAAUUGGAGCCUAAGAGAGUUUUGUGAAUGCGAGCCCUGAUGUUGCUUUAAUUACACAGUACAUGUUGGGUCCUUAAAUAAAACAGGAAACGA